AUGGCUGUGAACCACGUUCGUCUGUGUUAUUUCCAUAUUUUACAGGGAUUCUGUUGUAACUUUAUGACACCAGACAACCCAUGGGGCGUUCUGAACCUUUUGCCUAAUAUGAUAAAUAGUUUUGGAUGGAAGCCAACAAGCAAGGUUUAUAAUGAAAUGGGAAAACACAUCGAGAAGAAGGUCGGUGAUGCAGACAUCACUUUCAAACAGUUAUACAUGAAGAAAGGUAUAGAGCUGUGUAUCUGCGUUACCAACGUCAACAGAAUGAAUGUAACGUUCUGUCACGUGAAGACCACACCCCAUCUUCCAAUCAGACGUGCUGUGUGUAUGUCCAUGUCCAUACCAGAAGGUUUCAUUUUUAAACGAAAGGUUAAAUUACCCCUUUAUCAACCGGUGGUACAGACAUUAGAGUUUUUCGCUUCACCAGCGGAUAGAACUUACUUCCAAGUAUAUGUUUUACUGUUAAAAACUGUGAUCGCUGUUUUACUAGUGAAGGAUUUGAUAUUUUUUUUACCGUAA